UCUCUGUCACCCACGCAAAUCGCUCCCCGUAUAGCGCUCGCAGAGUGCAGUGAGGGCCAUGUGCGUGUGUGUAUACGGUGGUACAGACCGGGAAACUGCAGCCAAAUACGUGAGGAUUGGUGACUACCUACAUGUAUAUCAACUCGCUCAAUACGCGCAUAGCUCAGGCGUUGUCUCCGGUCAGGGAACCUCAGGAAGUUUGGAGAAGUGACUAAUGCCAGACUGAUUUGUCUUUUUCAUACUUGCUCGUGUCUCAUGCGAACCCACACACAUACACAUCCAGCCAGUGCAGUCAGCCAGUACAGUGAAGACACACUCACUUCAUCUGACGUUCAGUUCGUGGCAGGCAGGCGCAGAUGACAGUUGUAUAGAAGAACUGAGGAUGUUUCGCUCAGUGCGCGCCGCAUUGUUCUCGGUCUCGGCUAUUGUUUUACUCUGUUCGCUUUUGGAUUCGGCGGGAGCUCAAGGAGCUGUGACGGGGAGAAGGCAGGGAUGGAGAUCGGUCCGAUACGUGGUGGCGUCCAGGACCCCGACAGGGCCAAACGUAUGCGGCAGGGCCUGCUGUACAGGGUGGAGCCUGGACGCUAAUACCGGCCAAUGCAGUCGUCCUCUAUGUAAUUGUCUGAACGGUGGCUUGUGCAUCAGACCCAACGUGUGCCAGUGUAAGCCCAACUUCCGUGGCUACUACUGCCAGUCGCGCGUGGUGAGCGCCUCCACCACUACUCGCUACCGCCCUGCAUCCUCCACGGGAAGCAGUGGCCGCUUCUCCGGCAGCGUCAACAGCGGGCAGGUCGUCAGCUCGAUCGUGAGGGCGUCCUCUACCAUCAACUUCGGCCGACCAACGUCCGGGGGUUCACAAUUAGCGCGAUACACCAUGCGAGGACCGUGUUUCAGACGGGUGAGCAACAACCAGUGCCUGGCCCCUCUUAGCGACGACUCCACCCUUCACGAUGACUGCUGUGCUACGCUGGGUGAGGCGUGGGGUAACACCUGCCACAUAUGUCCUCAACAGUUAGGACGCGAAACACACUGCCAACGAGGUUUAAAGAAAGUUCCGGGGUCGGAGACAAGGUGCAUGGAUGUCAACGAGUGUUCUGCUUUCCACGAUAUCUGCAUGAAUGGCCACUGCAUCAACACGCGAGGAAGCUACCGAUGUUACUGUAAAACUGGCUAUUCACUGGACCCAACCGGGACAAUGUGCACAAUGGACGCGAGGCGGACGUGCUUCCGGCGGGUAUACGACGGCCGAUGCCUGGGGUCCAGCGCCUCGGGACAGCUGACCACCAGGAUGCAGUGCUGCUGCGGCGUGGGUGUGGCCUGGGGCACGACAGCAUGCGAGCUAUGCCCAGCCAGAGAAACAGCUGAGUAUCGUGCAAUGUGCCCACAAGGUACGGGAUACCAUUACGCUCCUGCGGAGACUAGUAACGCUAUUGACACAAAUGCAUGCGCCGAAAACGGCCUACUUUGUGCACACGGUCAGUGCGUGAACACACCGGACGGGUACAAGUGCAACUGCAAACGUGGAUUCAGAGCCACCAAUGAAGGACAGGCUUGUGAAGACAUUGAUGAGUGCCAUGAGGACCAGGAUGUCUGCCAAGGGGGACGAUGCAUCAACUCCAUGGGCAGCUACUUCUGCCGAUGUACCAACAGCCCGGGACUACAGCAGAGUGGUAACACCUGUAGAGACAUCAACGAAUGUCUACGCAGCCCCUGUGGGGUCAAUGAAUGCCUCAACACCUACGGCAGUUACUUCUGCAUGCAGUCUGCAUGCAUCAAAGGCUACCAUUAUGAUUCCAGAGCCCGCCAUUGCAGAGAUAUCAACGAGUGUGAGGAUGAAGACAGUUGUGUUGGCGGCCAGUGUAUCAACCAGCCAGGUUCCUUCCGCUGUGUCUGCCCGCCUGGUUCAACCCUGACUGAGCCCCGAACCUGCACUGAUAUUAACGAGUGUACCGACACUCCAGAUAUCUGCGGCGGCAUGGGAGUGACGUGUGUCAACACUUUUGGCAGUUACACCUGCACGUGCCCAAGAGGAGCAGUGUACGACGAGCAGAUGCGCAACUGCAUCUACGUGGAAUUUGAAACCACUGAAGAACCAACGACCGCUCCUGAAGUAGAGCAAGGCCCGGAGAGGAAGGACUGUUACGCCUCGGUGGACGAUCCCAACUUCUGCAGCAACACGCUGGCGUCCAACGUCACGCGACAGGAAUGCUGCUGCAGCGUGGGGGCCGGCUGGGGCGACGACUGCCAACUGUGGAUCUGCCCACCCCAGAAUUCACCGGAGUAUGAUGAGGUGUGUCCCAUGGGGCCCGGCCAUCAAGAGAUUCAGUUCAUCGACGGACUCCACCCAGUCCUCGAGGCAAACAGAGACACCGGUAUCAAUGAGUGUAAGGUCUUCCCCAACAUCUGUGGUGAGUACACAUGCGCCGAUCGUGACAUGAUGUACACUUGUGAGUGCCCAGACGGCCAGCGGUACAACAUGGACAGCAAGACUUGUGAAGGCAUCAAUGAAUGUGAAGAAUACCCCAACAUCUGCAGGGGCCAACGCUGCAUUGACCUUGAUGUGAUGUACACCUGCGAGUGUCCAGAGGGCUCCCGAUUCAACCUGGAAUACCGGCGAUGUGAGGGAAUCAAUGAAUGUGAAGAAGAUCCUGACAUAUGUGACGGCCAGCCCUGCCUGGAUCUUGUAGUGUUGUACAUGUGUCAGUGCCGUGAAGGGUCUCGAUUUAACACAGCCAGCAUGCGAUGUGAAGGCAUCAAUGAGUGUAUUGAGUAUCCCAACAUCUGUCGAGGUUACCCAUGUCAGGACCUAGAGAUGCUCUAUACUUGCCAGUGCCCUGACGGCUAUGAAUUCAACACUCGCAACAGGCGCUGUGAAGUGGCCAAUGAGUGUACAGCCUAUCCUGGUUUAUGUGGCAAUGGUACCUGUGUGUUUGAUGACAGUGGUUACUCGUGUCAAUGCUCAUCGGGUUAUGAGUACAGCUACCGGAAUCGUGCUUGUCUGCUAACGGAUGACUGUGUGGCUAUCCCCGGCAUCUGUGGUAACGGCACUUGUCACAUGACCGAUGAUGGCUAUGUCUGCCUCUGUGAUGAACCCGGCUACGACUUUGACUACACCCUGGGUGCCUGUGUGUUUAAAGACAUGUGCGAAGCCUAUCCUAACAUCUGCAACAAUGGGACUUGUCGCAGUGAUAUGCAUGGCUAUGAGUGCCUGUGCCCAGACGGGUUUGAGUUUGACAAACAACUCGGCUUCUGUGCAGUGAUGGACCUGUGCAGGAUCCACGGCAGUACCUGUAACAACGGCACCUGUGUGAUCGUCGGAAACACCAUCGAUUGUUUAUGCCCCGACGGACAGCUGUUUGACCGAAGCCAACACGUCUGCACAACUCAGACUACCUGUAACAUGUUUCCAACCAUCUGCAACGAGGGGAAAUGCGUCAUGGAUCCUCGCGGUGGUUUCUACUGUGUCUGCCCACCGGGUCAGGAGUUUCAACGCCACACUCGCACCUGUCAUGAUAAAGACUGGUGCCAAAACAGCCCCUGCGGUAAUGGAACCUGUCAGGUGACGACCGAUAACUACAGGUGCAUAUGCCCUCCUGGCUAUGAGUUCAGAGACGAUUACCUGACGUGUUUAGACAUUAAUGAAUGCAUUGACCAUCCAAACAUCUGUGGGGACGGCCAAUGUAUAAACAGUAUCCCGGGAUAUUACUGUGAUUGCAACCCAGGUUUUGCACUGGACAGCUCUCAAGCAACGUGUGUAGAUAUCAAUGAGUGUGAGCAGAGGCCCUGCGCUGGUGGCCGAUGUAAUAACACUAGAGGGAGCUAUCACUGUGAGUGCCAAACGGGAUAUCAGUAUGACCAGGCAUACAGACAGUGUGUUGAUAUUGAUGAGUGCGAAUCGCGUCCCUGUGGCAACGUCGGUUGCUACAACACCCAGGGCAGCUACUCCUGUAACUGUAACCGCGGUUACACUUUUGAUCAGAGCCAGCAAGAGUGCGUCGACAUUGACGAAUGCCAACUACACUCCGGGCUGUGCGGUAAUGCCACCUGCGUUAACUAUGUGGGCAGGUUUGAUUGCGAAUGUCCACGAGGGUUCAGUCUGGACAGGCAUAUCCGGGCUUGUCUCGACAUCAAGGAAUGUGAUGAUGAGCCGUGUGGUGAAGCCACCUGCCUAGAGCUGGAAGGAUCGUUCCUGUGCCAGUGCCCUACUGGCUAUGAGUUUGACUCACUGACUGGUUCAUGUGUUGACAUUGAUGAGUGCCAAGAAGCUUUCCACACGUGCGGUAACGGGACCUGCCAGAACUUUGACGGCUUCCACCUGUGUUCCUGCCCGCUGGGCUUCGUAUUUGACGAUCUCCUGGCACUCUGCCUUGCUGACAACGACUGCUUCAGCGUGCCAGAUAUUUGUGGUAAUGCGACCUGCGUUCCAACAUCAGAUGACCACAAUUGCGUUUGUCCGGAGGGACAGAAAUACAAUCGCCGAACUAAUCAAUGUAUAGACAUCAAUGAAUGUGUGGAGUCGCCAGGCAUAUGUGGACAGGCCUACUGCACCAACGAACACGGCAGCUACAGCUGUGAAUGCAUCAGUGGCUAUGAGUUUGAUAAAACCAGAAGAUCCUGUGUUGACAUAGAUGAGUGUUCAGUGGAUGAGGAUAUCUGCAAUAAUGGCUACUGCGUUAAUGAGAAUGGUGGCUUCCAGUGCAUAUGUCCCUCGGGUGCAGCGUUCAACUACAACACCAUGUUCUGUGUGCCAACAAGAGGUUUGCCUAGAGAGCCCACAGCAGCUUUCACUGGAGGCAACACUGAAACCAUUAACGAGUGCGACCGGUCCCCGAGCCCCUGCGUGGAUGGCAUCUGCAUUAACGCCGAGCAGGGCUUCAGGUGCCAGUGUCUGACCGGGUACCAGCUUAUCGAAGAUGAGAAUCGUUGUGUUGACAUUGACGAGUGUUCAGCUCAGGAGGAGGUGUGUCUGUAUGGAGACUGUGUCAAUGAGAAGGGAAGCUUCCGUUGUGAAUGCCCUCAGCCACUGACCCUGGACAGCACUGGACGUAGAUGCAUAUCUGUGCUUGGGGUGGUUGGCACUGAGACUGACAACAGGGAGAGUCUGUGUUGGCACAAGACUGACCGGCCUGGCUACGAGACCGUCUGUGGAAUGAUUGUCAACACCGCUCUGACCUAUAAGGCAUGCUGCUGUGGUGGUGGGGUGGGCUGGGGCACCAGCUGUGACCCCUGCCCCCCAUCCGGAGGAUACGAGCACCGUGUUCUCUGCGAGUCUGAGCAACAGCCUAGCCAAGUCAGGCCCGGUGGGGGACCCUCUGCCAUUCGUGAGAAUCCAGACGGCUCAACAGGCUACGGUCACCCGACAGGAGAGGAUGGUCUCUACGCUCCCGGUGAAGGGCCAGGACAGGGACCAAGCGAUGGAACAGGCCAGUAUCCAGAAAGAUAUGAUCCAUCUCAAAAUCCUGCUGGCCAGCCACCAUACACCGGGGGUCAGUCGCCUAACACCGACAGUCAAUCCCCCUAUGGUGCCGGUCAACCAACCUACACUGGCGGUCAGCCACCCUACCAAGGGGGACAGCAACCUUAUCAAGGGGGCCAACAACCAUACCAAGGGGGCCAACAGUCCUACCAAGGGGGUCAACAACCCUACCCGGGGAGCCAACAGUCUUACCAAGGAGGCCAACAACCGUACCCAGGUAGCCAGCAACCAUACCCAGGGGGCCAACAGCCCUACCCAGGGAGUCAGCAAUCUUACACAGGGGGCCAACAACCCUACCAAGGGGGCCAGCAACCCUACCAAGGGGGCCAACAACCCUACCCAGGGGGCCAACAGUCUUACCAAGGGGGUCAACAACCCUACCCGGGGAGCCAACAGUCUUACCAAGGAGGCCAACAACCGUACCCAGGGGGCCAACAGCCCUACCCAGGGAGUCAGCAAUCUUACACAGGGGGCCAGCAACCCUACCCAGGGGGCCAGCAACCCUACCAAGGGGGCCAACAAUACUCUCAGUCUCAGCCUUCACAGACAACCACCAGGGGGACCCAAUCCACGACGUCUGGAACAAAUUACAACCCUAAUCCCAACACCAGACCAACACAGGGCCAAAGACCAAGGCCCCAGCCUAGUGGGACAGGCAGGGGUCCUUCUGGAGGGGCUGGGCCGCAGCAAGGAGGCGGCGCAUGUGAAAGUUUACCGAGGAACGUCUGCGGACAGGGGCGUUGCCUGAACGUGCAGGAAACCUACACCUGCCAAUGUUACGCUGGCUUCUCCUUUGACAAUGACCAAAAGAUCUGUGUCCGAGCACGCUACAAUAGGGGCUGAAUGAACCGAGAUAUUGACCCUGACGGUUCAACUUUGUAGAAAUUCAUUUUAAUUUUUAAUUAAAACUACUGAUGUGCCUAUUAUUGUACAGACGUCGACGUUGUAUAGAAGCAUGCACGUAAUGCUGUCAGGGAAGAGGAUGCAUUCUCUGUUUAUAAUUUUUAUUAUCUCUGUGUUAUGUGUAGUUGAAUUAUAAGCUAAUCUGAUUAAUUUGGCCACGUUUUUGACUAUCAUGGAAUCAGCCCAUUUGUUUAACACUUUUAGUCACUGUACCGCCCCAAACUGCCCUGCAUAUUACUCCCUGUACCGCCCACAAUCACCAAGCACUCUAUGGUUUCAGGUUUUAUGGAUAUGUCAGUGGAUAAACACAAUUUAAUACAAUGUAGUACAGUUGCUUAAUGGGUUACAACUUAAAACAUAGAUGAAAAGCUUGAAAGCCUAUUGAUGGGGAAACACUGAUAACAGACAAAUAUGCAGCAAAAUCUCUGUCUUUUUGUAUUGCUUUAUUUUAGUAAAACACUCUCUUUAGUUUACUCAAUCACUCUCCACAUUUGUAGCAAUGAUUUUGCUGUAUGUUUAAUGGGUUCUGAGGGAACCAUACACAAUUCGUACGCUAAUUGUUAGGGUACCAUAAAUGUCGGGACACUCAAAGAGUACCCCACAACUUGUCCAAAUUUUCCAAAUAAAAACUUUUUCACAAAAGCCUACUCUCGUUGAUACAAGCACUGUUAUUUCCAAUUCUGGUUAUAAACGAAUAUAAGUCCUUGGUACCGACAUGUAUGAGCACAAUGUAUGGGCUGGUCUGUAACAAAAUUCUGAUAAACAUGUAACAAACAUUUUGGCUAGGUCCGGUUGAGUUUGUA